AUGGCAGACGAAGCGGACAUGCGCAAUGAGCUGGAAAGCCUGCAGACGAAGGCGGACCAGAUAGCUGAUGAGUCACUGGAGAGCACUCGACGUAUGCUGGCCAUGGUUGAGGAGAGUAAAGAUGCCGGUAUCAGGACUCUGGUUAUGCUGGAUGAGCAGGGAGAGCAACUGGAGCGGAUCGAGGAGGGGAUGGACCAGAUCAAUAAGGACAUGAAGGAUGCAGAAAAGAAUUUGAACAAUCUAGGGUCUCUCUGUGGUCUUUGUUCAUGUCCCUGUAACAAGAUAAAGGGUGGGGGCCAGGCGUGGGGGGCCAACCAGGAUGGAGUAGUGAACAGCCAGCCAGGGGCCCGUGUGGUGGACGAACGUGAACAGAUGGCAAUCAGUGGGGGCUUCAUCCGCAGGGUAACAGACGACGCCCGGGAGAAUGAGAUGGAUGAGAACCUGGAGCAGGUGGGCGGGAUCAUCGGUAACCUGCGUCACAUGGCCCUGGACAUGGGCAACGAGAUAGACACCCAGAACCGGCAGAUCGACAGGAUCAUGGACAAGGCUGAUUCCAACAAAACCAGGAUUGAUGAAGCCAACCAGCGCGCCACAAAGAUGUUGGGCUAA